CGAUUUCCGGCAAUAAAUCCCGACGGGCCGCCGUCAGGUGCCGGCUGAGGGUUGUCAGUGCGCCAGGUGGGGCCCGGACCGUCGGCGCGCCAGGAGAGCUAUGCCAUUUUUGGGCCAGGACUGGAGAUCUCCUGGAUGGAGCUGGAUUAAAACAGAAGACGGCUGGAAAAGAUGUGAACCCUGGACUGAGGGACUUGAAGGAGAGAAUAACCGGUGUGGCGCCAGCCACGGCAUUAUCUUAAAUAGUGAAGAUGAAGAAAUAUUCAAUAACGAAGAGCAUGAAUAUGCAUCCAAAAAAAGGAAAAAGGACCAUUUUAGAAAUGACAGAAAUACUCAGUGUUUUUAUCGUGAAAAAUGGAUCUAUGUCCAUAAAGAAAGCACAAGAGAAAGACACGGCUACUGCACUUUGGGAGAAGCUUUUAACCGCUUAGACUUCUUCAGUGCGGUCCAGGACGCCCGGAGGUUCACUUACGUGGCCAGACUGUUGCAGCUGAUCGCAAAGUCCCAGCUGACCUCGCUGAGCGGUGUGGCCCAGAAGAACUACUUCAACGUUCUGGAUAAAAUCGUUCAAAAAGUUCUCGAUGACCACCAAAACCCUCGCCUAAUCAAAGAUCUUCUCCAAGACCUAAGCUCUACCCUUUGCAUUCUAAUUAGAGGAGUGGGGAAGUCCGUUCUGGUGGGAAAUAUCAACAUUUGGGUUUGCCGGUUAGAAACUAUUCUCAACUGGCAACAGCAGCUACAGAAUCUUCAGAUGACUGAGCAGGUGGACAGCGGCCUGACGCUCAGCGACCUUCCCGUGCACAUGCUCAGCAACAUCCUGUACAGGUUCUCGGAUGGGUGGGACAUCGUCACUCUGGGUCAGGUGACCCCGACGCUGUCCGCGCUUAGCGAGGACCGGCGGCUGUGGAAGAAGCUCUGCCAGUACCACUUCGGCGAGAAGCAGUUUUGUAGACACUUGAUCCUUUCAGAAAAAGGUCACAUCGAAUGGAAGCUGAUGUAUUUUGCGCUUCAGAAACAUUACCCCACUAAGGAACAGUACGGAGACACUCUGCACUUUUGUCGGCACUGCAGCAUCCUCUUUUGGAAGGACCGCCGCCUUGCUUUAUUACUCGAGGACUCGGGCCACCCCUGCACGGCCGCCGACCCCGACAGCUGCUUCACGCCCGUGUCCCCGCAGCACUUCAUCGACCUCUUCAAGUUCUAAGGGCCCCGCUGAGCCGUGGCCUGGGCAGCGUGGUAGGACGUGUCCUCCGUGACUGAGCCGUGACCUGGUGCCCAGGCUGGAGGGCGUGGAGGGACGUGGAAAACUGCCCUGGCAGCUGCAGGCAGGAGCACCUGUUGUUUCCACCUUUGAAGCGGGGUCAGGGAACCCAAGGAAAAUCAUUUCUACUUCCUUCUUUAAAAAAUUCGUUUCCUCUAAGCGCAUUAAAAUGUGCAACUUUGCAUGUUUGUGAAUGUGGUUCAAAAAGAGUGUAUUUUCAGCACCACAUUCUGUGCUGAACUGACACUAACAGCCAAGCAUAUGCUUCUUAAUUGUCAAAUGAUAGUUUCCUGAUUUUGUAGUGAUUGGGGGUGGGGAUAGAUCAUUGAUCCUUGUAAGGACAUUGUGCAGAAUAUUUAUUUUUCUUGAGAUGUAUCUUAACUGCAUUGGUCAUGUCCAUAUGAAUCCUCUUGGAUACAGAAGGAACCCAGGGAAGUAUGUGCAUGUCUUCUGGGUGCUCAGCGUUGGGUUGUGAAUUGUGCAGACAUCCGAGACCCACAAAGGCGUGAGUCUGGGGCUGUGGUCCUGGGCUCAUGGCCCGAUGCUGGCAGGCAGGGGCCCUGACCUGGGGGCCAGCCCAGUGUGACCUGCACUGUACUGCUCUGAAUCCCCUUUUGCAGGCAAAGUGAUAAAUCAUGUUUAUCUACCGAUUUUAACUUCAUCAGUUUUGCAUCUUACUGAAGGAAGUAGUAUCAAUGAUUUUGAUAUCAUUUAUUGAAACCUUUCAAAGAUUGUUUUAUUUUAAAAAUAUUGCAUGUACAUUUUAGAAAAUUUUGAAAAUAAAGGUUUAUAAAAGAAUAAAACUUGCAUAUAACCCUGCCACCCAGAGAUAGCUGUGCUUGCCAGAAGGAAUGCAGGAAUGGCCCUGGCAGGUGUAGGGGAGACUGAACAGGGUCAAGGCCCAAGCAAAGUCAUUUCUACUUCCUUCUUAGCACAUGGAAAUUUGCUGUUUUGCAUAUUUGUAAAUAAAGAGUCUGUAUUUUCACUACAUUCUGUGCUGAACUGACACAGCCAAGACUAUGCUUAAUUACCAAAUGAUAGUUUCCCUCUGGGUGUAUUGGGUGAAAGCUUUUCAUAAAACCGUAAACAUCACAUAUACUGUUUUCAUUUUAUAACCAGCCUUUUUUUCAGAAGUGUUUGUGAAAAUAUGGUUUUUACUGGCAACAUGGUACCACACAGCUGGAACAGAUCACUUUUUGAUCAGCAUCACCACAUGUGCACUUUUGUGCAUCUGAUGAUCUCCUUACGAUAAACGAGAAGCAGAACCAGGGAAACGAGUCAGUUGUUUGUAAGGAUGUUUCCAGAGCACUGGCGAGGAUGGAAGGUGGCAUCUUUCUCCCCCGAAGAUGGACGUGAAGAGGCUGUGAGGUAGGACAUGUCUUCUGAAAGCUUAGUGGCGAGUUGUUUCUGUAUUUUUUUUUAUACAUAAAUUUAUUUAUUUAUUUUUGGCUGCACUGGGUCUUCGUUGCUGUGUGCGGGCUUUCUCUAGUUGAGGUGAGCGGGGGCUACUCUUUGUUGCAGUGCACGUGCUUCUCAUUCUGGUGGCUUCUCUUGUUGCGGAGCAUGGGCUCUAGGCGCGUGGGCUUCAGUAGUUGUGGCACACGGGCUUCAGUAGUUGUGGCACGCGGGCUUCAGUAGUUGUGGCACGCAGGCUCAGUAGUUGUGGCUCACGGGCUCUAGAGUGCAGGCUCCGUAGUUGCGGCGCAUGGGCUUAGCUGCUCUGCGGAAUGUGGGACCUUCCCCGACCAGAGCUCGAACCCAUAUCCCCUGCGUUGGCAGGCGGGUUCUUAACCACUGUGCCACUAGGGAAGCCCUGUAUUUUGUUUUGCUUUGGCAAAUUACCUAAUUGUGUUCUUUGCCUGUUUUACUUUUGGGGUGUUGGUCUUUUUUGUAUUAGUUUCUUCUUAAGAGGACAUUAACCUCUUGAAGUGAGUUCUUUUCCCCAGAUAACAUUAAAAGUCUUGGGAGAAGAGUCCAGCUGUUCCCCCUAUUAGCCCGUUUCCAGAGGCAGGAGACGUGCUUGGACCCAAAACUCCACACAGGCAUUGGCAAAACCUAUAGCAGGUGUGCCUGAGGCCCGCAGCGCUGGGAGGGGGCGUGAGCGGGAUACAUUUGGCGGCAGGCAGAGAGUUCCAGGCACACAGUUCCUGGGCCCUGAUCAGUCAUUUACGGGAGAUCUGAUGAUGUGAACAGGAAGAGAGGGGUCGUCCUGAGCUGCAGGUUCGUGUGGCAUUUCUGAGUGUGGUUCCAUCAGAGGGCUCGCCAGACUCGGGCUGCACGGCGUCACUCCCCGCGGUGUGUCAUCUGCACGCCCUCUACCCUCUCAGGACGGCCAGGAGUGGGCCCAGGCCCGGCCCAGAGCUGCGCCUGUGGGAACUGCCACCCGCAGGAAGUGGCGUCUGGAAGUCUGUGGCCUCUUCCUUUGCCUUGAGGUACAUUUUCUCACCCGGGUUGUGACUCGUGGGUCAGGAGGAGCCACAGUAGGUUCUGCAGCAGGUCCAGGUGCUAGUCUGGGAGUUUCGUGGCAUCUGUUGUGCGUUUGCUCAGGGCUGCCCAUGGAGAACCAUGUCUCCUUUAGGGACAGUAUUGAAGGAUUUGAUGUUAUUUCUGCUGUAAAUGCUGCUUUUAGAAUCAUAUAGAUUCUAACAUACAGAAUCAAACAAAAUGCCCACGUAAGGUGUUUGUAUACUGAUUUUGUAUCCUGUAACUUUGCUGAAAUCACUAAUUAAAUCUAGUGGUAUUUUUUGUAGAUUCCUUGGGACGUGGCUAUACAUCGUGUCCUCUGCAAAUAGAGGUGGCUUUUCACCUUUCCUUCUUCCCUCCCUCCAUCCCUUCCGCCUUCCCUCUCUCCUCUCCUUCCGAGCUUUCCGGCCAGACCCCCAUGCACGUGGACGGCAGUGCACACACAUCCCAGCAUGCUCCUGGGAGGCUCUCCGCCCUUCGCCUGUGGGUGUGGUGCAUGCUGGGCAUCUCUGUGGGCGCCUGUAUCAGGGUGAGGUGCUCCCUUCCAGCCUCGCUUUGUUGACGUGUUUUUUUUUUUUUAUCAUGAAAGGGUGUUAGAUUUUGUUGAGUGCUCUAUGUCUGCAGAGGUGGUCGUGUGUUGCCUUUUGUAUGUUGAACCAACCUUGCAUUUUCAGGCCCACGUCCCAUGUGGUUUCCAUACACGGUUGGUGAGUUUAGUUUGCUGGUUUUACUGAGCGUUUUCACAAGAGAGAUUAGCUGUGCUUUUCUGGUGAGUCUUUGUCUGGUUUUGGUAUCAGGGUGAAAACAGCCUCCUAGAAGGGGCUUGCCUUGGGAGCGUUUCCUCCCAUUUUCUGGGAAGGGUUUGUGAAGAAUUGGUGCGAGUUCUCCUUUAAGCAUUAGGAUAAUUCCUUGGAAACUGAAGUUACUGAGGAGAAGCAUCUGUUUUCAGUUUAGUCACAUGCUCCCUUUUGGAAAACCCUUUGCCUUUAACGGGAUAGGGUAGUUUUGUCUUAGCUGAGACGUAUCUUGGUUAGAGCUCAUUUUCUUCAUCAUGGGGCCUAACCUAGCAAUAAACGGGCUGUAAACUUAAUCUGCUGCUUUCCUCCAUAGUUACAGAAGGAAGUGUGCUGAAAACCAUAGAUGAAAAGGCAGAAGCUGUCUUGGCUUAUGAAAUUAUUUCUUUCAUUAACGGUGUGAGAAGAUGCAUAUGCUUCACUUGUCUCCCUUUCCUGUAUGCCCCACCAAACGCAGCAUCACCCCCACCCGGUGAGAUGCCCAAGGAUCUGCAAACCUGGGAGGGAAAACCCUGAGGGACCCAGUGACUUCCUGGCCCGACAUCCACUUGCUUCUCAGCUCGCACUCCCUGCUUCUGUCUGGGUGUGGUCGCCUCUUCUGACCUCACUCCAGACGAGCUCUGCUUUUUGUCCCUUUUUGCAGAGGGAGCAGACCCUCACUUUUGGAGAGCAGUGUACCCUGGGCGCUCCCCAGAAUCCCAGCAGGGACGUGCCACGUGCACCUUCCCAACCCCUGCCAUGGCUGGUGUGGCCUGCUCCUUCCCACCACACAGGUGUGACCGCAGUGCUCCCUCGCCAGCACCUUCUGGGUGUCAUCGGCACAUGCGUCUCUCAGGCGUAUUCCUGGGGGGGCCUGCUGCCCUCCCCGCCCCCAGCACCGACUCAGGCCCACAUGGAGAACAGAGGUGCUCAGAGCACAGCCACCUGAGGACGCGAGAGGGCUUUUCACGUGCCUCUCGCUCAGGAUGGCGAGAUCCUCCACACACAGUGUUCUUCUGUGUCAGACGGGAGAGACACCUCAACUGUGUUGUUUUUAUUAUUUGGGUAAAAUUUUCACUUUUCUUUGAUGAUAGUCAUUUGAGAAAUUUGCACAGACAGAUGCAAGUAGCUUUUUACUAUUUAAUCUACAUAGAAAAUUCAAAUGUCAUUAAAAAUUUUUGAUUACAGUAAAAUACACAUAAAAUUUGCCAUCUUAACCAUUUUUCAGUGUACAGUCCAGUGGCAUUAGGUACAUUCACACUGUUGUGCAAACACCACCACCGUCAUCUGCAGAACACUUUUUAUCUCUGAAAACAGAAAUUGUCCCCUUAAACACUAAUUCCCUGUCCCCAUCCUCCAGCCCCUGGCCCCCACCAUCUACUUUGUCUCUAUGGAUCUGACUACUGUAGACACACCAUGUAACUGGAAUCAUAAAGUAGUUGUUUUUUCAUCCGUGUUGUAGCAUCGCUCAGGAUUUCCUUCACUUGUGAGCAGAAUAGUGUUCCACUGUGUGGUUGGACCACAUUCUGUUUCUCCGUCUGUUGAUGGGCACUUGGGUUGCUUCCACCUUUGGGCUGCUGUGAACAUGGUGUACAAAUCUCUCUUCUAAAGGUUUCGUUUCCUUUGAAUAUAUACCCAGAAGUGGAAUUGCUGGAUCAUGUGGUAAUUAUAUAGUUAAUAUUUUGAGGAACCACCAUACUGUUUUCCAUGGUGGGAAUGUAAAAUGGUGCAGCCUCUAACAGUGCCCAGGGGCUCCAAUUUCUCUACAUCCUCACCAACACUUGUUAUCUUGUGGGGUUGGGUUUUUUUGUUUGUUUCUUAUAGUAGUCGUCCACAUGGUUGGGAGGUGAUAUUUAAUUAUGGCUUUGAUUUUCAUUUCCCUGAUGAGAAGUGAUGUUGAGCAUCUUCUCCUGUGCUUGUUGGCCGUUUAUAUGUCUUACUUGGGGAAAUGUCUAUUCAGGUCCUUUGCUCUCUUUUUAAUUGAGUUGUAUGUGGCUUUGUUGUUGAAUAUAGAAAGAACUACUACAACUCUGGACACUAAGUCCUUAUCAGCUAGACGACUUGAAAAUGUUCUCUCCGAUUCCCUAGGUUGCCUUUUCACUCUGUUGAUUGUGUCCUUGGAUGUACAGAGGUUUUUAAUUUUGAUGUCCAAUUUCUCUAUUCUUUUUUUUUGGUGCCUGCACAUUUUGUGUCAUAUCCAAGAAUUCAUUGCCAAAUCCAAUGUCAUGAAGCUUUCUCCCUAUGUUUUCUUCUAAGAGUUUUAUAGUUUUAAUUUUUGCACAUGGCAUAAUAAGGUAAGGCUCCAACUUCAUUCGUUUGCAUGUGGAUAUGUGGUUUUCCCAGCAACAUUUGUUGACUGUCCUUUCCCUACUGAAUUGUUUUGGCACCCUUGUUGAAAAUCAUUUGACCAAAUAUGCCGUUAUGACUUGUGUGGGGAUUGUAUUGACUCUGUAGAUUGCUUUGGGUGGAAGUUUUCCAAUCCAUGAACAUGGGAUGUCUUCCAUUUAUUUGUGUCUUUUUCUUUCAGCCUUUUUCACUCAGUUCAUUCCUAAGUGUUUUAUUCUUUUUGUUGCCAUUACAAAUAGAAUUUUCUUAAUUUCCUCUUUGGAUUUUUCAUUGUUAUUGUAUAGAAAUGCAACUGAUGUUUGUAUGUUGAUUUUUUGUUGUUGUCUUUAGGAUUUUCUACAUGUAAGAUCAUGCCACCUGCAAAGAGAAAAUUUCAAUACUUCCUUUCCAAUUUGGAUGCUUUUUUAUUUCUUUUUCUUGCCCAGAUGGAUCUGUCUGGUGCAGACUUCCAGUCUGUGUGGCACACAAGUAGUGAGAGUGGGCAUUUUGUCUUGUUCCUGAUCUUAGAGGAAAAGCUUUCGGUCUUUCAGCAUUGAGAGAAUGUCAGCUGGGACUUUUUAUGUGGCUGUAUAAUGUUGGGGCAGUUUCCUUCUGUUCAGAAUUAGUUGAGUAUUUCCAUCGUGAAAGGGUGUUGAAUUUUGUCAACUGCUUUUUCUGCAUCAAUUGAAAUGAUGUUUUUCCUUUGUUCUGUGUAUAAUAACGUGUAUUAAAUUGAUUGAUCUAAUGGUG